GUAUCUCUACAACAAUAAGCUCAAUGGCUCCAUCCCUGAUGAAAUUGGUGCCAUGACCAAACUGGCAGCCCUCUCCCUCCGCCUCAACAUGCUGUCAGGAUCCAUGCCUGCCUCCAUAACAAAGCUCACUGCACUCACAAAUUUAGGGCUAAGUAACAAUCAGCUCACCGGAACUAUCCCUCCUGACAUUGGCUUGCUCUCAAAGCUUAUUUCUCUCUCCCUCUACUCCAACAUGUUGUCGGGAUCCGUGCCCUCCUCCAUCACACAGCUUACUGCACUCACUUACUUUUCGCUCGCUAACAACCAGCUCACCGAUUCCAUCCCCAACAUUGGCGUGUUCACAAACAUGGUCACUAUUGACCUUUCAGGCAAUCAGCUUUCGGGCAGCGUCCCUGCCAGUGUCAGUGGGCUCACUCAACUCACUCUUCUGUAUCUCCAUAACAAUCAGCUCUCUGGCUCCAUUCCUGCUGAGAUUGGUUCCAUGACCAAACUUGCAUUCCUGGCACUCGGGAACAAUUCAAUCAAUGGCGUUGUCCCUGCUGCCAUUGGCUCCCUCACAAGAUUGGUGUCCCU